CUGUUUAGCGUUCAUCUCAGACUAAAGUUAAAAUCACUUUCUUCUGAUUCAUUCAUGUGGUUCUAAACUGUUAUAUGAGCCGUCACAUCUUCCUAUAACAGCAUGGGGUUGCAUAGUGCGUAGCUAGUUCACGUUAGCUGAGAUGCUAAGCUACUGUAUCAGGCCCUUACAAGGAAGUAGCUCAAGUCAAUAGUUAGUGAACUUGUGGGAGUCAUGAACAUGGGCUGGGCUCUGAUUAGUCACAUCUGGGUUCUUGUGUGGAAUUUACUGUAGCUGCCAAACAACACAGUAAGCACUGACACGCCUCAUAUUACCCAGACUGACUUGCAUCAUGUCAGGGAUGACCUGACGACAGCAACGUCUGGCUUCUUUGACCUGUUCCUCCAUCAUCAUCCCAGCUCUGUCGGGUAGGACGCCUCCCCCACAUCUUUACCCCCACAUCCUCCUCCUUCAGAGACCUUCAACAAGCCGGGAUUGAGCCGCAGCCCCUCAGAGACCCUCUGCCAACGCGCUUCAUUUCAAAGAGACCAUGUAUUGCCUACAGUGGCUACUUCCUGUGCUGCUCAUCCCCAAGCCGCUGAACCCGGCGCUGUGGUUCAACCAUUCCAUGUUCAUGGGCUUCUACCUGCUCAGCUUCCUGCUGGAGAGGAAGCCCUGCACCAUCUGUGCCUUGGUCUUCCUCGCUGCCCUCUUUCUCAUCUGCUACAGCUGCUGGGGCAACUGCUUCCUCUACCACUGCCAGGACGCCUCGCUGCCGGACGCCGCCCACGACCCAGCGAUUGUUGGGACCUAGGAGAGAAAAAGGGGGGAGAUAUAUCGAAAAGGGGGAGUGGGGGGUGAGAAGGGUGACGAGGCAUUGCUGGAGAAUAAUUCUGCCAUGCUGUAAGAAGGGACAGGUGGUGUAGAGGAAGCACUGCUGGAGGGGAAUACCGCAAAUAAAGCGAGCGCUCGGCCAAAGGCGGUACUGAGGAGGAGGAGAGCCAGUUCGGGAGGAUUAUGGGGGGCUGUUUGGCCAUGCUGUAAAGAAAGACAGACUUGAAUCUGAGGUGGUAGGAGGAGAGGAGUAGACACUAUGUAAACCUUUAUGUAACAGGAGGGGAAGGGGGGGCAUCCACACCUGAAACACUAAGGGAAGGACGUGUGUCCACUUGAGGAAGAAUUUCACUAACUUUUCAUUCCAGCAUUUUAAUGACAAUUAGACAGUUCAUCCACCACAGGUGACGUCAGCCUGAAGUGACCACUGUGUUUCAGUAUUCUGGUUCCUUUCUGGCUUGUUUACUUCCAACACUGCGCAACAGAGACGUUAUUUUCUCUGGAAACCUGUUGGGUCGUCAUUUUAGAAUGAAAAUACUCUUCACCUCAAACUGCCAACAUUCACACAACCCCGCUGAAAGCUGCAGAUGUUUCACUGGCAGCCGUGUUUGCUUCUCAGUCUCAUACCCAUAACUUUAGACACCAGUGUUACAGAAUAGUUGGCAUCUUGACAUGUUUGCCCCCCAGCUCUAGAGAAACGAGGGGCAACAUGCCUUUCACAGUCCACCCUGACCGAACUCUGUCACCACUUUGGCUCUGCACACGUUAAGCUGGUUAUACACUGUAUGAUUCUAGCCCAUUUCUGGCCAGAAUUUUUAGCCGCACGACUAAUUUUCGAGUCGGACCGAAUUUCAGCUUCGUCGGGCGUCGUUUGCCGUGCAGUGUACGGGGGGGACCGAGGACAGAUUAAUUCCUACAGACCGGCCGUCAGAAAGUCGGAUGAAUUUCUGACAUGUUAGAAGUUUUGGUCGUCCGUCUACAGGCUCUCACACAGUUGAAGCAGAGCAGCUGAUUCACCAACGUCAGAGCCUUUUUUCUCUUCUUUUGACAGUAAUCAGAGCGUAGCUAUCAAGAUAACAAUGUCGGCUACAAUAGAUAUAGCUAGUAAAACGUAGCUAGCUUACCUCCAAUUCUCUCUGCAAAAUAGGCAAGCCACACUGUCCACGUCAUCCUCGCUACAGCGAGUCCAUAUAACAUAUGCCACCUCUUUUAUUAGACGUUUCAGCAAACAGGAUGGCUAAGAUGAUCAAGGCAGCACGUUUCUGCCUUGUUAGCAUUGUGACCCGUACAGACCUCUGCUAGCAAACAAACUUUACCUGCCUCGGAGCUUUUAAACCAAUCUUUAUUGACAACUGUCAACAGUCAGAACGGCAGUACGGCGUAGAGUGUGAGCACAUAAAUCUUGAGCUUUGGCUUUACAUCGCAAAUGAUCUACUCAUACAGUAGGAGAAGUGGUUGCACAACAUUUCUAUAAUCAUACAGUGUAUGUCGAGCUUAACGCUGUCCUCAACCAGGAGAGCACUCAGACUCUGGACAAUCAGUAAGUAUGCUGUGAAUAAUUCCUCCUCUGCCACAUCGCCACACAGACACACCUCAGAAGGUGUUAUAAUGCUGAGUCCUGUUGUUAUUACCCACUGUGCUCUGCAGUUGCCCCUCUCCUCGUCUUCCUCUUCUCCUCUUCCUCCUCUCACCUCAGAGUGAAUGUGCCCGGCCGCCAGAUUCACCAUCUCAACUGUUUUUUGUUUUUCUUGUGCAUGGGUUGCUGUUAUUAUUAUUUUUUUCCACACACACAUUUUAAUGAAUUAAAACAAAAUGCUGAACGUUUCCAAAGGGUCGAAUAAUCUGGAUGUGUGACGGGUGGAUGAAAGAAUAUUUGUGUUCUGUGCGAUAUGUGGUUUUUUUUUUGUGAUCAUGACAUGCUGAUAAGCGUAAAAAGUGGCGAUACACAAGGUGACAUAACAGUAGAUGGUCAGUAUUUUCAGUAUUAAUAAGUAAUACAGAAACGGUGUCAAUCACUGACAAGUUAAUGGUGAUCACUAACGCUGUCACAGAGUUCCCUCGUGUGUCGCUGCUGUAAGUGUUUGGUUUAGCUGUCAGACACAAGCUACGGUGUUUAUACUGUGUACCUAUCAGUGUGUGUGUGUGUGGCCUCCUGUCACAGUGCUGAACAUGCUCACCGCUACAUCAUUGCUUUGGUUUUAAUUUAAAUAAAGUUUUUCCUCUCAACGUGUUAAA